AUGGUCAAUCCGAAAGAGCAAGUGCAAGUUAUUACAACCAGAAGUGGGGUACAACUUCCAGAGAUACAUGUGAAAAUACAAGAGAAAAAAGACAAAGAAGUAAUGGGUAAAGAGACUGGGACAGAAGCAGAGUCCGAACAAUCAACUGACAAGGAGGGCGAAAGGAAAGAAACACCCACAGUGAGAGCACCCAGCCCCAUGAAAGCUUAUGUGCCACAAAUUCCCUUCCCUCAAAGCUAUGCUAAAUUCUUGAAGGAGAUCCUGUCUAACAAAAGGAAGUUGGAAGAACAUGAGACUAUCUGCUUGAACGAAGAGUGCAGUGCACUUCUAUUGAAAAAGCUACCCCCUAAACUAAAACACCUAGGGAGUUUCACGAUACCUUACACAAUUGGUUCUAAUUAUUUUGAACAUGCUUUAUGUGAUUUGGGUGCUAGUGUUAACCUUAUGUCUUUCUCUGUUUACAGGUCUCUUGGGUUGGGAAAAGUAAAAUCUAUAACAAUCUCUUUGCAACCGUCUGACAGAUCGAUCGAAGGACCAAAAGGGGAUUAUUGA